AUGAGCGCCCCUAAAGUCGCCGAGAACAUGCUGUGGGGAGGUCGAUUCACCCAGGGCCUCGACCCCCUCAUGGUCCAGUACAACGAGUCCCUCCCCUACGACCGCAUCCUGUGGAAGCAAGACAUCGCCGGCUCGAUCGCCUUCGCCCGCGCCAACACAAAGUCCGGCAUCCUCUCCGCCCACGAGUUCUCCGAGAUCGAGCGCGGCUUCAAGCAGAUCGCCGAGGAAUGGAGCAGCAACUCCUUCGCCGUCAAGCCCAACGACGAGGACAUCCACACCGCGAACGAGCGCCGCCUCUCCGAGAUCAUCGGCAAGGAGAUCGGCGGCAAGCUGCACACGGGCCGCUCCCGCAACGAGCAGAUCGCAACCGACCUCCGCCUCUGGCUGCGCGAUGAACUCCGCAAACUCGACGCCUUCCUGUGCGACCUCAUCAAGGUCUCCAUCGCCCGCGCCGAGUCCGAAAUCGACUACCUCAUGCCCGGCUACACACACCUGCAGAAGGCCCAGCCCGUCCGCUGGGCCCACUGGCUCCUGUCCCACGCGACCGCGUUCGCCGACGAGCUGAAGCGUCUGCGGGAGGUCACGAAGCGCGUGAACCGCUCCCCGCUCGGCACCGGUGCGCUCGCCGGGAACCCCUUCCAGAUCGACCGCGAGUCCAUGGCCAAGGAGCUGGGCUUCGAGGGGCUCCUGUACAACUCGAUGAACGCCGUCGGCGACCGUGACUUUGCGAUGGAGACGAUGCAGUGGGGGAGCUCGUUCAUGCUCAAGAUCUCCCGCUGGGCCGAGGACCUGAUCAUCUACUCUUCGCUGGAGUUCGGGUUCGUCCGUCUGUCCGACGCCUACUCGACCGGGUCGUCGUUGAUGCCUCAGAAGAAGAACGCCGACAGCCUCGAGCUCCUCCGCGGCAAAGCCGGCCGCGCCUUCGGCCACAUGGCCGGCCUCAUGUGCACCAUCAAGGGCCUCCCGACAACCUACAACAAGGACCUGCAGGAGAGCGUCGAGCCGCUGCUCGACCACAUCAAGACCGUCGGCGACAGCAUCCAGAUCGCCACGGGCGUGCUCUCAACCCUCACGACCAUCCCCGAGAAGAUGGUCGCCGCCCUGGCCCCCGAGAUGCUGGCCACCGAGUUCGCCGACUACCUCGUCCGCAAGGGCGUGCCUUUCCGCGAGGGCCACCACAUCUCCGGGCGCGUCGUGCAGCUCGCUGAGAAGCACGGUGUGCCCAUGGACAAGCUGACGCUUGAGCAGCUGAAGGGUGUGGAUAGCAGGUUCGGCGAUGAUAUCCAGGAGUGUUUGGAUUAUGAGCGGGCUGUUGAGCUGAAGGAUGCGAUUGGGGGGUGCUCUAAGAGGGCUGUUCUGGAGCAGACGGCUGUGCUGAAGGGUAUUCUGUGA